UUGUCGGAACAUACGGCUACAUGUCGCCAGAAUACGCAAUGGACGGCCUCUUCUCCAUAAAAUCCGAUGUUUUCAGCUUCGGAGUUCUGGUUUUGGAGAUAGUGAGCGGGACGAAGAACAGAGGAUUCUAUCAAACAAACAACCAGCUCAACCUUCUUGCCUAUGCGUGGAAGUUGUACAGGGAAGGAAGGGCGCUGGAGGUGGUGGACGCGGCGGCUGGAGAGGAAUAUGUGGUGGGUGAAGCGAUGAGAUGCAUACAAGUGGGGUUGUUAUGCGUGCAGGAGCACGCAGAAGACCGACCCAACAUGUCCAAUGUUGUACUAAUGUUGAGCAGCGAUUUUGUGUCGAUGCAACAGCCUAAGCAUCCGGGAUACUGCCUGGGAAGGCGCCCCAACGAAACGGACUCAUCGUCGCCUAGAAACGACGACGAAUCAUGCACCAUCAACCAAGUUACCGUUACCAUGCUUGAUGGUCGAUGAUAGUCAAUUUAACCUGCACGUGAUGAUGUAGUGCAAGUGCAGCUUAAUUUGUAAAUGUUUCGGUUCAAGUUUUGAACUAUAGAAGGAUUGAUUAAUUAUUGAAAAAAAGAAAGUAAGUCGUA